AUGGAAGCCAGCACAUCCGAGUCUAUGUCCUCUCGAAGCAAGCCUACUUUUAGAGUAGCUGUAUCACUGAAGAUCCCUGAUUGCUCGAGUGACGAUGAGAUUGAUAGUCUACGGCCCAAGAGUUGCCCCCAUUCAGCAAGAGGCUUCGGUUCGCUCUCCUCGACGGUUGAUGAUACCUCGAUGAUAAAAGAGAAGGAACUCAGUCUGAUGAGGAACCAAUCCAAUGUGGAGCUGCUCACUACCCCACAAAGAGAUCAAUUCGAUGCUUUUGUGUCUAAAUGUACUGGACCAUGGAAGGAGGAUCUACUCCAUUAUCCUGCUACUGAGGAGGAUAUUGACAGCCAUUCUGAUGUCUAUGACUUCGAGCAUGCUGGUUAUGAGUGCCGGUUACGGCGAACACCCUACUAUGCAUGGCAAGGCUUCCUUUAUCUAGAUCCUACUCAUCCAUUAUAUGGUCUUAGACUACUCGACUUACUCUCUCGUAAUCCUCCCUUUGAUGUUCAUGGGGGUAUAACAGGCUUUAACGAUGGUUGUGUGGUUUUUGAUUGUAAUCAUGCGAUGCUGGAUGUGACUCCAUUUGAGCCCUUCACCAAGACCAAUGAGAUGCAGAAGAUGAUAGGAACGUUUGCGAAUACUAAACGAGAACAAUCUGGGAGUGGUAAUGAAGAGGAGGUUGAGGAGGAGGUGGGGGACCCUGUUAAUCUCGCUCCUCCCCCUUUCUACAGUCAGACUAUCCCGGGAAUGAAUUCGGAGGCAGGUGGCAGGCCUAGGAGAUCUUAUAAGGCAUACUCUUUUGCACGACGGAACCUGUGUAGCUUGGCGGAGCAGUUCCGAGCUAUUGCUGAUAAUCAAUCGUAUAUCGAUAAUACUUGAGAUUUUAUGUUAUGACCUUGUGGAUAUCAACUUUUUCU